AGUUAGUUGAGUUUCGGAGCCAAGUAGUUAAGGAACGCGGCCAGAAGCAAAAUGUUAAAAGUGCGCAAUUACCUGGCCAUAAAUCAGGCCCAAAAGUUGGUGGAAGCUGUAGGUGUAUUUGCUAGCACGCAGCAGCGUUGUCAAAGUACAGCAGCCGUGGUCAAGGAGUCAAGCGUUUCUAGAGAUGACGUCGAGUGGCAGCAGGCACGUCCCUUCGAGGAGAUACCCUGUGCCAAUUCCAUCGCGUUGACCUUCAACAUGGCAUUUCCCGGAGGCAAAUAUAAAAAUCUGGACAUGUCCCAACUGAUGUUGGCCAUGCGCGACGAUUAUGGCGACAUCUACCGGAUGCCCUCGAUUUUUGGCAGCGAGCCCGUGCUCACUACCUAUAAUCCAAAAGACUUCGAGACUGUCUAUCGGAACGAAGGCGUGUGGCCCCAUAGAUCUGGCAGCGAUACGUUGAGAUACCAUCGUGAGCAGUUCCGCAGGGAUUUCUUCGACGGCGUGGAAGGACUUAUUCCUACCCAAGGCAAGGUAUGGGGCGAAUUCCGCAGUAUUGUGAAUCCCGUGCUCAUGCAGCCGAAGAAUGUGAGGCUCUACUACAAGAAGAUGUCUCAGGUCAACUGCGAAUUCGUCGAUCGCAUUAAGGCCAUUCGAGAUCCCAACACGCUCGAGGUGCCAGACAACUUCUUGGAGUAUAUCAAUUACUGGACCUUAGAAUCGGUCUCUGUGGUUGCACUGGACAAGCAGCUCGGCCUACUCAAGGACUCGCACAAUGAUGAAAACGCCAAGCUUCUCUUUAAGAGCUUGGACGAAUUCUUCACGUUGGCUGCCAUUUACGAGAUUCAGCCCUCCGUCUGGAGGUACUUCCAUACGUCGCAGUUCAAGAAGCUGCUGAAUGCCUACGACAACAUACAGAAAGUGACCUUGGCCUAUGUGAAUGAGGCUCUGGAGCGACUGAAUGCAGAGGCCCAGCGUGGCAUAGUGCGUCCCGAAAAGGAACAGAGCGUGCUGGAGAAGUUGCUAAAGAUCGACAAAAAGGUGGCCAUAGUCAUGGCCAUGGACAUGCUCAUGGCUGGCGUUGAUACGACUUCGAGUACAUUUUCCGCGCUGAUGCUGUGCCUUGCCAACAACCCGGACAAGCAGGAGAAGCUGCGCGAGGAAGCGAUGCGCGUGCUGCCCAAUAAGGACUCAGAGUUCACAGAGGAGUCCAUGAAGAAUGUGCCCUAUUUGCGCGCCUGCCUCAAGGAAUCGCAGCGUUUGAUGCCCCUCGUGAUUGGCCACAUCCGUACUACAAAUCGUGACUGUAUUCUGAGUGGCUAUAGGGUGCCAGCGGGCACAUUUGUCUCCAUGAUUCCCCUGAACUGUUUGAACAACGAUCAGUACUUCCCGCGCGCCUCGGAGUAUCUACCCGAACGCUGGAUGCGCAGUGAGACGAGCGCGGAGGGCAAGUGCCCCGCGAACUCUCUAAAGAUCACAAAUCCCUUCGUGUUUUUGCCCUUCGGGUUUGGUCCCCGCAUGUGCGUAGGCAAACGCAUUGUGGACAUGGAAAUAGAGCUUGGCAUAUGCAGGCUGUUGAGAAACUUUAAGAUCGAGUUUAACCAUUCCACGGAGAAUGCUUUCCGUUCAGUGCUCAUUAACAAGCCAAAUAUACCACUCAAGUUUAAGUUUACGGACCUGAAAAACUAAGACUUGAUUAUGAUGCGACGAUUCGAAGUCUAUGUUCAUGUAUA